UGCAGUGGGCAUAAAGCCUAGAACGGCCGUCAAAGAUGGUGGUGGCCGUCCCUGGGCGGAAGACGACGGUAGCCGGUCCGGCACCAACCACCUUCCGCAGCUUCAACAAGCAUCACAUGGAUUUCGCGAAAAUCUACCUGGCCAUGCAGAAAGGACACAAAGUAUGCAAGAUCAACGUGCUGAAAAAGUGGGAUCCAGCAUAUAAGAUGUUGACGUUAAACAUGGAGACACGACAACUGUUCCUGACCAAACUGGAGCAGACAGCUGUACGCAGCAAGCCGACUUUGCUCGAUCUUCGGCAUGUGCGUGAAGUCCAAACUUUGGAUUACAAGCUCUCUGCUAUUCAAAUAGGUGACAAAUGGAAGAAAGAUAGGGAAAUCCAGAAUUUUGACCCGCUCAAGAUUCUUGUGAUCUCCUACGGAACACAGUUUACGCUCAAAGAAUGGACUCUAUUGUUCGAAUCCGCGGAUGCAUGCCGCAUGUGGAACGAAGGAGUUCACAAUCUGAUGCUCGACACACGGGAUCGCUUCUCUUCAAGUCAUUCCGCUCGAAUCGAGCGAUUUAUCGCUAAACACUUCUACAAUCUUGUCACUCCUGGGACUGAGUUUGUGGCAAGAAAGCAUAUGAAGCCAUUUGUACAAACCUCCCUACAGUACAAAGUUUCCUCACGGCAGCUUCAAGAAGUCACUGAGGAUCAAAUGAAUCUCUUACAAUUUACAAAAGCCACGAAAAAUUUUAUACAUUCGCAUACGCUUUUUACAUCGAGAUUUGCUGAACUAUCUCAAGACGGCACCACCGUCACUUUUGAUGGGUUCAUGCGGUUUCUUGAAACUAUGCAAAGGGAUGAUAUGAUUUCAAAUCGAGCACGGGUUAUAGACUUUUUAAAACGAUUUCUCAACAUAGACGAGUAUCUCAACGAAGUGUUACCUGAAGAACCUUCGCUUUCUGUCAUGGAGUUCUGUGAUUUCCUCUUCUCGCGCGAAAACUCAAUUUGGGAUUCAAUGAACGAGAAGGUCAUUCAUGAUAUGACCAGGCCUCUCUCGCACUAUUGGAUAGCUAGUAGUCACAACACGUAUUUGACGGGAGAUCAACUGCGUUCAGAGUCGUCCCUAGAUUCAUACGCUCAAGCUCUCCUCUUAGGCUGCCGAUGUAUAGAGUUGGACUGCUGGGAUGGACAACGUAAGCCCAACUCUCAAGAGUUUCAGGAUAUUGUCAUCUAUCAUGGCUACACAAUGACUUCGAAGCUUUUGCUUCGGGAUGUGCUCUACGUUAUCAAACAUUACGCAUUUCUAACUAGCGUUUAUCCUGUGAUUCUUUCGAUCGAGGAUAAUUGCUCAGUUCCGGCUCAGCGGUUGUUAGCACAAGAAGUUAAGGAAAUUCUAGGGGACGAUCUGCUUACCCAGCCGAUUAGUGCAUCCGAAACAGAACUGCCAUCCCCAGCUGCACUCAAGAAAAAGAUCAUUCUCAAGCAUAAGAAGUUGCCGAUUGAAAGCGAGGAUUUGGCCACCUUUGUGAGCGCUAGCACCGAUGAAUUCCAGGACACGGAUAUUCUGGCGAGAGAAUGUAUAAAGAAAGGUGUUCUAUCGCUUUUUGACAGCGUCAAGCACGAGUGGAACUCGCAUGUCUUCAUCCUCUUUCCUGACCGGUUAUGCUAUCUUUUACAAGACUGCGAUGAGACUACGAUGAAGGACGAUACCAUCAGCAUGAUAGGUGACGACGAUAGAGAGGAAGAAAAUCCAGUAGGUUUUGGCGUACGUCCGGAAGAACAGCAUAUAACUGAAGAGUGGUUCCAUGGACAUUGUGAACGCGAUGAAGCCAAAGAGCGCAUUCUUCAACAUAAAGACAAAGGAAAUGGCCUUUUUAUGAUUCGCGAUUCCAACCUCUUCAUCGGCGAUUAUUCACUCACCAUCCUACAUGAUGGGAAAGUGCAUCACGUGCGCAUCAAGACAAGGAUCAUCGAUAAAGAGAAGAAAUACUAUUUCAUGGAUAAUAAAGUUUGUGAUACACUGUACGAGCUCGUGUCAUAUUAUACUAGGCACUAUUUGACCACUCCCACGUUCAAAAUGGUACUCACCACUCCCUGUCCGCAGCCUCAGCCUCACCUGGAUCAGCCGUGGUUCUCCACCACGGCUGACAAGGAAAAAGCGGAAGCUCUCCUGAGUCAAGUCCCAGAAGAUGGAGCAUUCCUCUUGCGGUAUUCCAGCAGUGACAAGAGCGUCUUCGUGUUGUCCAUAAGAGUAGACGGCGAAAUUUGGCAUUAUCGCCUGAAACGUGAUGGACGUAUUUUUGUCGUGAACCAAACAGUAUUCGAGAAUCUCAACCAAAUUGUUGAGUAUUAUCGUUCCCGAGAGUUUGUGCGCGGGAUAUCUUUGAGGUUCCCGGUAAACGAAAAAGAGAUCCCUUCAAUCCCUGCACAUCUAGAAAUAGCCCGAGGAAGUUACCAGGAACUAUCACAACUAGAGGAGAAGGUAAUGGCCCGCGCUUUACGACCUUACCGAGGCAACGGAGAUGAUGACCUCUCUUUCCCUGCUAAUGCUAUCAUUACCGUACUUCGCAAGGAAGAAGCACUGUGGACAGGUCGCUAUGGUUCGUCGGUUGGUUGGUUCCCUGCGUCAUAUGUGCAAGAGAUUCUGCCUGAGAAAACUACCCCUACUGGAGUCGCGAGCAACUACAACACCAUAGAACUGGCUGGAACAGUGAUCGAACGGGUGACUGAUGCUGAGAAGCAGCACGUCAUCAAAAUAUCCCAUAGUGCACAACAGUGGAGCGGACAGCAAUGGUUGCUUGCGGCUCGAUCCCUGGAAGAGGCCGACGAUUGGCAAAAUCAACUAUGGGACCUCACUCGCUCUGUGAAUGACAAAAUCAGCGUUUUGCGGAUAAAGGAAAAGAGCGCUAGGAUUGCAGCGGAGUUAUCUAAUUUGGUGGUGUAUUGCCAGGCAGUCCCUUUCGAUCCAACCCAUGUCCAAACGGGAUCAUUUUACGAGAUGUGUUCAUUCGUGGAGAACAAAUUAGAGAGAUUGAUUGAGAAGGGCUUGGUCUCAUUCAACAUUCGACAGCUUUCACGGGUUUAUCCACAUGGUUCUCGCAUCACUUCCGCGAACUAUAAUCCGGUACCCAUGUGGAAUGCGGGUUGUCAUAUGGUAGCUCUAAACUAUCAGACGGGUGACAAACCAAUGCAGUUGAAUCAGGGUAAAUUCAUGGGUAAUGGAAGGUGUGGAUAUGUCUUGAAACCGGAAUACAUGAUCGAUCAGGAUUUUGAUCCUGCACAUGGUGAAGCGGUCACUAGAUCCUGCCCAGUGCGGCUGACAGUGCAGGUGAUCGCAGGACGACAUCUGUCACGACGUGAUAAACACAAGGGAAUAUGUUCGCCAUUUGUGGAAGUGGAGAUCAUCGGACUGCCAUGUGACGAGAAACUUUUCAAAACUAGGACUAUCGCAUCGAAUGGUCUUAACCCAACUUGGAAUCAAACAGCCGUAUUCGACAUUAUGUGUCCCGAGAUGGCUUUGCUACGAUUUCAUGUUGAGGAUGGAGAUUUCGUUGGUCCUAAGACUGACCCGUUCAUUGGGCAGGCUGUUUUUCCUCUGGACUGCAUCAGAUGUGGAUUUCGUUCUGUCCCACUUCUUAACCAGUUCAGUGAAGAGUUGGAGCUGUCUGCUCUGCUAGUCGACGUUCAGAUGAUCAAAAUUGAUGACUCGACGUUGAUUCGGUCAGCGCAUACUGUUCUGCAGUCCAGCCGAAUGGCACCACUAUUACGUUCGAAAGAUCGCAAACUGCGUUCGUUUGACUCGCUGUCCUCUCCCACAGGGCUGACGACAUCUGCAUCCGCACCAAGGGAGGUCGCAUCUCGAGCUGGAACCUCGCUUGAUUCACCGACCCCUGCUAGCACUAUAGCUAGUCGGAAAUUUUCCGCGUUCCAGUCACAGGACAGCAUGGACAGUGCAGAUUCCAUGUCUCCGUCUCAAAACGGCACUGUAUCCUCGGAGAAGGACAAAAGGCGCGGAAAGUGGAGCUUUCCAGUGUUUCGAUUCAAAAGUAAAGAUAAGGAACAAAACUCCUCGCAGCAGAGCUCUAGUAAUGUCAGCAUCAAGUCGAUAGAUCACUUUUAAGCACAUAUCAAUGUAAAUUAUCUUGUUACAUAGUAUCACUUUACUCCCUUUGGAAAAAGCUUAUCGCUCUCUAUUUUUUCCGAGACUUUAGUGCCUUCAUUUCUGGUCAGCAAUGUUCUAGUCAUUCUGCUUGAGAGCAUCACUAUGUUUUUCUUUCGCUUGUCUUGUUUUGAUGCUUUGAUUGAAUCGUUUUUUGUUUCAGAUAAUUUCCCCGAAAAUCCAGCAUGGGUGCUUAUUUUUACGUUCAUUUCUGUUUUUUUUUUGUUAGCUGGACUACUUACAUAUCUGUCUGAACAGUAUUUACCUGAUGAAUUUCAAGGCCAUCGCAAUAGCCAUUUUUGCACUCUUAGCCAUAGUUGCUUUAAUCAAAUACAAUCUCAUUUCAAACGAAUUCCAUUGUAUGUUGUAAUUUCUCAUCCUAUUUGUCAUCAAUUGUGAUUUUCAUGCCUUUCUUACUUGAAAUAGUGGUAGGUAAGAUAAAGAUUUGACAGUAAAAUGGAUAUCGCACAA